AUGCCUACGUUUUCAGUGCCUAUUGACCUGAGCACCCAUUCUUCCAGAGCUCGUACCCCAUCAGCUGCGUGGGAAGGUAGGCCAAAUGAUGAAGCCACAGGUCCUCCUGCUGCCAAUCACAUCUCGUCGCCCUCGUCUGCCCGUGAUGGCCUUGGGGCGUCUGCAACCAGUCACGCCCCGGCCAGUAUAUAUGUUGAGUGGCAGAAGGAACCAGGUCCUCCGUCGGUAGAGGAUGACGAGGCCUUGAUCAAUCUGUAUCUCUAUGCGUUGCAGGCCUACCCAGAUAGUCUCAAGCUAGCGGUUCAUUUUGUGGGGAGUCAAUUUUCCAGGACUGUUUCUAGCGAUGCGCUCUUCAGUCUAGUGACCGACCAAGUUUCCAAGGCCGAAGCUGAAGAUACACCCACAACCAUAUUUCAUCUCGUGCAAGCAAAGCUUCUCUUUUCGAUCGCACUUCACGCUUGCAAUGAGAUCCAGGAGUCUACGGCAGUCCUCGCGCAAGCCGUGUUCCUGGCUCUGGAGAUGGGUAUGCACAAAAAGCGCUCCCCAAUCGUACAUGGCACGCGAUCAGCUCUUGAGGAGGAGAGCAUGCGCAGGACGUGGUGGGAGCUGUACGUGACAGAUGGGUUGAUGGCCGCGCUGCAGCGCAAGCCUAGCUUUCACUGUCAUACCGCGGAGUCUAACGUGCUCCCACCGUGCGAUGAAUCCUCUUAUCUGGAAGGCCCAUUCACAAACGAGCCCCUGUCGCUCGCCCAAUUCGACGCACGGAUCUAUUCCGAGGAGGAGAUCAUAUUCUCCUCAUUUAGCUACCGGAUCGGGGCGAUACGUCUUCUAGCGCGGGUCCUCGCCAUUGCCUGGACGCAUGAUCUGCACGAGGACCAUGUCAAGAUCAUUGAUAGCGCCCUGGCAGCGUGGCCGCACCACCUGGAUCUGGCUAAGGCCGAUGUAUGUAGUAGUGAGGACGAGAUUCUCUUCCAGGGGCACAUGUUAAUUCAAUUCUGUAUCAUGUAUCUACAUUUCCCGCGAAGCGAUCUCGUGGCGACCAUUCCGGGUGCUAGCAAGGUCAUUCGUCAACAGCAGCUGCUGCCUAUCUACACCAGGAAUAUGAAUGGAGUUAAGGCUCUCGUGGCCUCGAAGCAGCUCAUUGGGCUUGCUUCCUUGCAAAUUUCGGUGCAAAAGCACACGCCGUUUUUCAUCUGCGGCAAUGUCUUUGCCGUCCUGGUCUAG